AUGGUGGCGGUCCUAUCUGAUUCAUUAUUAAAUAAUAAUGGAAAAUCAUUACAAACAAAUUCGGCAAGAAAAUCAAAAACGAAAAAUUUAUUGAAAAAUACUAACGGUAACAGCAGCAAAUCAACGAAAACGGUGAAUAAUAGCAACAAAUUGAAUAGAAAAUCAUCAUUGACAACUGGAAAAACUAUUCCAUUGACUGAUUCUAUUAGUGAUUUAUCAAAUUUGAUUAAUCCUACGACAACGGGUAAUGGUAAUAAUACUUAUCUAAUUUCAUCGAAUAAUAAUUCAGCAUUUUCAACCAUAAAACAACAACAAUCAUCAUCAUCAUCAUCAGUGUUGUCCAUCAAUAAUGAUAAAUGUUCUUCAUCAUUGUCCAAUGGUAUUUUGGAUGUUAAUGAAACAUUAAGAAAACUACCACCACCACCACCACGUACAAUACAUUAUAAAGAAUAUUUAAUUGAAAAUUUUGCUCUACAAGUGUUUGAUAAUGAAAAUGAUCUCAUGUGUGCUGUCGAUCAAAGUAAACGUAUUCGUAAAUCAUUGGAUCCAAAUCGAUCAUCAUCAUCAUCGUCUUCGUCGUCAUCAGAAUUAUCCGAUAAUUGUUAUCAAUCUGAUUGUGAAGAUAUUGAAUCAAUGAUAACAACAACAACAACAAAUAAUUCUUUACAUCAACAACAACAAUUAAGUAAUAAUCAUUCUCUUAAUCAUCAAACUAUCGAUUUAAACAAUCGAUUGUUUAGUGAUGGUGAUGGUGAUAGGUCAACAACGAUAACAAGGUGCAAAUCAUUAUCAUCAUCCAAUCAGAUCAAUAAUAAUAAUAAUUUUAAUUGUGAUGGUUUAAUUUUAUUACGAAGGAAAAUUGUUCAAAAAUCUUCUCUUUUGAAUGGUAAAAAAAAUCGAUCAUCAUCAUUAUCACCAAUGAAAAAAUCAUUAUCCUCAUCUUCAUCAUUGAAAAAAUGUCGAGCUUCAAAAAAUUUGACAAAUAAAAAAUCUUCUUGUACGACCACCACCAAUGAUACCAGCAGUAAGAAAGGUGGUAAUAAUAAUUCCCGAAAAUCAUUUUUAUCCAAAGAAAUUGUUGAUACAAGUGAUGAUGAUGAUGAUGUGGAUGGUGAUGAGAAUGAUGAUGAUGAUGAUGAUCAAAAGAAUAUUCUGCCUAUAAUAAAAUGUUUACAUAAACAUGCUAAAAAUCGUAUAGCUUGUAGCAAGUGCCUACAAAAAUCUAAAUGUUUAAUCAAGGAAUCGACAACGACGAAUAAUAAUGUUAAACAACAACAACAAUCGUUGAAAAAACAACAACAGGUUAAGAAUCAACCGAAAAAAUCUAAAUCACCGAUUAAAUCAUUAAAGAUGGUUAAAAAUGUUAAUAAAACAUCGACGACGACCAGCAACAGCAAAAAAUCCACCACCACCAACAACAACAAAACAGUGAAAACGAAAUCGAAAAUUGUAAAUCAAAAAUUACAAAUGAAAAAUAAUCGUCGAAAAGUGACCAACAAUAAUGGUGUAACAUCGAUUUCUAGUGAUGAUGAUGAUAAUGAUGACCAAAGUGAUGAUAAUAGUGAUGAUGAUCAACAAGAUGAUAGUGAUGAUGAUAAUGUUGUUGUUGUUGUUCGUCGCAAUCAACGACAACGUCAUAAAUCAACAACAACAACAACAACAACAAAUAAUCGUCGACAACAACAACAACAACGUCGACAAAGAAAUCGUCGUAAUCCGAAUAAUAAUAAUAAUAAUGAUUCUGAUGUUGUUGAUGGUGAUGAUGAUGAUGAUGAUGAAAUUUCUGAUCAAUCAGAUGAUAAUUCAGAUGAUCAAAAUGAAGAUGAUGAUACACAAAAUGAUUCUGGUUCAGAUGAUUCUGAUUCUUCAUCCGAUGAUAGUGAUAGUGAUGAAGAUGAUGACGAAGAUGAUGAUGACGAAGAAGAAACUGUUGAAGAUAAUCGUACAAUAGCUGAUUUAAUAAAAUGUUCAAAUCGUCGUGAAGCUGUACGUAAAGCUGCUGCACGUGCAGCUGCAAUGCAACAACAUCAACAACAACAACAACAAUCGACAUCAUCAACAUCAUCAACAACAAUGGUCAAUAAUAAUCGUCCAUUAUCAUCAAUGUCGCCAUCAGCUUCAUCAUCAUCAACCACGGCAUCUUCUAUCAAGGUAACAAAGGUGAAUGCAAAUCAUCAAUCGACCAAUUCCAAUUCUGCUGCUGGUGGAUCAUCCGCAACAAAUUCAGUAUUGAAUGUGAAUAACAACAGCAAUUCAAUUCAUUUUGAUUCAGAUUCAGGUAAGUUUUUUAUUUUUAAUGUUUUUUUUCGGAUUUGUGUCUGUGUGCUCGCGUAUCGAUCAUUUCUGUUUGAAUCGAUCGAUCGAUCGAUUUUUGAUUUGAUGCCUGGUGUCUUUCUUUCUGUUUGUCAAGUGUAUAUGCAAUGAAUGGAAAUGAUUUUUUUUUCUUUUUUUUUUUUGCUUGUUCGGUUGUUCAUCGUGCCGUAUCGAAUUUCUUCGAUUCACAUCCAUAA